AUGGGUUCAACAUCACAUCCUGACGCAGAUAUCUACCCGGAAGCAACGGGGCCUGCGGCCAAGAUUGUUGCCGCACACCAGAAGGAUGAGCCCAUCACUUUGUACUCGGGUUGGUUCUGUCCCUUCGUUCAAAGAGCUUGGAUCACCCUUGAGGAGAAGAAGAUCCCGUACAAGUACGUCGAGGUCAAUCCGUAUCGGAAGGAGCCUAGUUUCCUCGAGCUCAAUCCCAGAGGCCUGGUCCCCACAUUGGGCUGUCCUCAGGAAGAUGGAACAACCAAACCACUGAUUGAAUCAAACAUCAUCUGCGAAUAUCUUGACGAAAUGUAUCCAGAUCAGACGCCCCUGUGGCCACGCAAUCCUUAUAGGAAAGCGGUCAUGAAAGUAUGGGUCGACCACAUAACGACCAGGAUCCUCCCUGCGUACCAUAGGUUCCUGCAACAUACAGAGAAGAGUCCAUAUACAUUGGAGAAAGCGCGCUCUGAGCUUCUCAACGCCCUGAAGACAUGGAUUUCUAACGCAGAUCCAGAAGGCCCGUAUUUCAUGGGAAAAGACUUCACCUUCGGCGAUGUCGCUCUCGCUCCCUGGGCAGUGAGGAUGUGGGUGCUCGACCACUUCAAGGGAGGCCUGGGAAUUCCUCCUCCGGGCCAGGGUGGAGAAGACGAGCAACUGUGGAAUCGAUGGCGGAAAUGGUCUGAUGCGGUGACGUCGAGGAAAUCCGUGACGGAGACGUUGAGCGACAAGGAACACUACACGCCUAUAUACCAGCGGUAUGCGGAAGACAGGGCUAUGAGUGAGAUGGCUAAAGCGAUUAGAGAAGGAAGAGGAGUGCCCUGA